AUGGCCAUCCGUCGGUUCGGGAUGCGGAGGGGACCACCGAUUGUUAUCUUCUCCGAUAACGGUACUAAUCUGAAGGCGGCAAACAAGGAGCUACAAGGACAGAUUCAGCGCAUGGAUGUUGAGUGCGCAAACGUCUUCACCAACGCAAAAACUCGGUGGAGCUUCAACCCCCCCUCUGCGCCACACAUGGGAGGCGUACGGGAGCGCAUGGUUCGCUCAGUAAAGGAGAUUAUGUCGACACUCAGCAACGGACAGCGACUGAACGAUGAGAUAUUGCUCACGGUGAUCUCGGAAGCGGAGGAGAUAGUCAAUGCCAGGCCACUUGUCUACGUGCCGCAAGACUCGGAUACAGGAGAAGCUAUAACACCUAAUCAUUUUCUACGUGGUACUUCGUCAGGACUUAAGGAUUCAUCCAUCGCACCGACAAAUGAAGCGGAAGCAUUGCGCAACACAUAUCAACGUUCGCAGAUCAUCGCCGAUAAACUAUGGAAGCGUUGGCUCAUCGAGUAUUUACCAUCGUUGAAUGCUCGUUCAAAGUGGUUGGAAGAGUCCAGGCCAUUAGCACCUGGGGACUUGGACACGGACGCAACGGUUGGAUUCGUGGUAAAGUCGAGGAAGUCAUCCAAGGCAGAGAUGGGCGCAUAA